GACAAGUAUUGGAGUGGCGGAGAGCUCUCGGCGACCACCGCCCUCCUGCGAUCCCGAAUUCAAUCGGAAUGGAAAUGGAUCAGCUCAGGCUGCAACUCUACAAUUGAGCAGAUUACGUGCGGAAUUGGAUUUUGGGUACGCAUCGUUCAUGACGAUGCUUUUGUUGCCCGCAGUCUCAUCCAAUGCGGCAUCCCUCAAGCUGGCUGUGUCUUCACCGUUGCUGCGCAACCUAGUUUGGUAUGAAAUUGCGGGCAUUUGUAAUCGUAGGGUGGAGCCGGGGUGGGGCAGAAAGAAUAGGUCGUCGCCAGUUCGGAGGAUGGCCGCCGCCGCUGCUGCUGUUGACGGUAGUUCGGCGUCAACUGGAUUGCGAGAGAUGGAAAGGGCGGCGACCAUGUCGAAGCCGAAGGUGCCCGUGCUGCUGCUUGAUGUGAUGGGCACCCUCGUCCGGGAUCCAUUCUAUGAGGACAUUCCUGCUUUUUUCGGAAUGACUAUGAAGGAGUUGCUAGCUGAGAAACACCCCACUUGUUGGAUAGAGUUUGAAAUGGGCCAAUUGACUGAGGAUGAGGUAAUUAAGAAGUUCUUUGCCGAUGGACGAGAUUUCGACAUUCAGGGGUUGAAGGAGUGUAUGACAAAGGGAUACACUUAUUUAGAAGGAGUGGAAGAACUAUUGCAACGACUGCUCUCCGCCGGGUACACCAUGCAUGCCUUCUCCAAUUACCCUUGCUGGUACAGUAUGAUUGAAAACACGCUCCAGCUCUCGCAAUAUAUGCCUUGGACAUUCGUUUCCUGUCACAUGGGAUUGAGGAAACCUGACUUAGAGAUAUAUCUCGAGGCUGCUCGUCGGUUGAAGCUCGACCCAUCGGACUGUGUUUUCGUUGAUGACAGAGCUAAGAAUGUGGAAGCUGCGAUGGCAGUUGGGAUGAAGGGAAUCGUAUUUCGGAACGCUAAACAGUUAGAAGAAGAGCUUGCUGCCCAAGGAUGUUGCUUGUGAACUAUGUAAUCAUCUGCACUGGUGGAAGAUACUAUGCUCGGCUGUUUGGUCCGCGAUGGCAAAAUUGAAAUUUAGACGUCAAUUCUUAUGUCGAUGCAAUUGCACCAUCUUGACAGGAUUUAUUUAUGAGAAGUAAAUGGGUUAUAUGCAACUGAGGAAAUUUUAGGCUUCAAGUAGAUCGAAAAUUCUUUGAAGUGGGUCAUUCCAUUAUAAAAUCAAUGUCGUUGAGCCUUUUUCAGUUGGAAAGAAUGUAAAUAUUCUCUAAUUGUGUUGGGAAA